AUGCCGUGCAACGAAGCCCAAGUGCUCGGCACUGCCAUGACUCGCCUUCUGUCAGUCGUUCGCGCUUGCCCUCCCUCCGGCGCUGCCGUGCGCAUAUCUCGUCGAUGCCACAUUGGCGACUUUUCGAUCUUGUCUGACUUUUGCAAGAAGCAAGUCGGUCAACCCCCCGACGAAGCUGUGGCGUUCGGCGCGACCGUGCAAGCCGCGAUCUUGUCGGGCAACGACAGCUCGGACAGAUUGCAAGACUUGUUGUUUCUGCACGUGACGCCGUUGUCGCUCGGGUUGAAACAGCCGGCGACGUUUUCGACGGACAACCAGCCGGGUGCGUUGAUCCAAGUAUUUGAAGGCGAGCGCUCGAUGACGCGCGACAACAACUUGUUGGGCAAGUUUUCCUUUGACGGGAUCCCGCCCAUGCACCGCGGCGUGCCGCAGGUGGACGUGACGUUCGACAUUGACGCGAACGGGAUCUUGAACGUGUCUACGAUCGAAAAGUCGACGGGCAAGGAGAUUACGAUCACUAACGCCAAGGGUCGCUUGAGCAAGGACGACAUUAUUGAGCGCAUGAACGGGCUGGAAAACUACGCGUACAACCUGCGCAACACGCUCAACGUCGAGAAGCUCCAGGGCAAGUUGGACGAAGCGGACAAGAAGGUCAUGGAGGACAAGGUGACGGAGACGAUCAAGUGGCUGGACGCAACGAAGGAGGAGUACGAAGCCAAGCAAAAGGAGCUCGAAGGCGUGGCCAACCCGAUCAUGCAAAAGCUGUACGCGGCUGGCGGUGUUCCCGACUUUGGCGCCGCCAGUGCGCAAGGCCCCAAGAUUAAGCGACAUGCCUCCAUCUAUAACUUAAUGGAGCCAUUCUUACAUCUGAACUAA